UCAGCAUCAACUCGAUCAAAACAUUACUUCGCCACAGCACUUUUGCUGGAAAAGUUGUAAACUAGAAUCUCCUUUCCGAUGAAGAGCUCAUGGAUUUACGAGAGCUUUCGCCAAACGAUCCUACACAAAAUGCGAUCAACAAGCAAAUGCUGGAAUUACCGCUGGCAUCACAGCACAACAUAAACAAAUCCCGGCCAGAAGAAGCUGUAAAAUUUUACCAGUCCGAUUCAGACGACCCACCACGUUGUACCGUUCAGUGCACGGAAUGUGGAAAAUGGUUUCUCGAUCACUACUUCCUAAGUCGACACAAGUUAGUGCACACCAAGGAAAAACCUCACCAGUGCGCCAAAUGUUUAAAAUCCUUCACACAGAAGGGAAGCCUUGCGACACACAUGCUUAUUCAUUUGCGUGUGAAAAAGUUUCAGUGCAGCCUCUGUCCGAUGAAGUUCGUGCAAAAAGGUAAUCUGGAAACACAUGUAAAAAAACGACAUCCACCGCUUGACGAUCCGGUGUUAGAGAAUGGUUUCCUCUGCCAAAAGUGUCCUUCCGCUUAUAAAAGAGCUGGUCGGUUACAGGAACACCGUGCACGGAUUCACGGUGAGAUGGUAAUGUUCGACCAGUGCUUAAAGCAAACAACGGCAACGAGUAAACAACCAUCUAAUGAUACACCUUCCACUGAAGACAAUGAGCAUGGUGAUGAUACAACCUCAUCGAAUGAAGGUUCUUCCGCGUCAAACAAAGCACAACUAAAAACGGAACAUGAUGGAGAGAUAAUGUAUACAAUUAUUAAAAGCCGCCGAACAGAGCACAUGAACGGUAGGACUGACAAACGGCGGUACGAAUGCGAAAUAUGCAAGGCUGCAUUUCAAAAAUCGGCAUACCUUUCCCAGCACAUGAUUUCCCAUACCGGUAUUCGACCACACCGGUGCAAUAUCUGUAACAAGACUUUCACCUCCAAGCAGUCAUACAGCACGCAUAUGAAGCUACAUUCGAACACAGUUCGGUUGUUCAGCUGUGAUAAAUGUGAGGCAGCAUUUAAUCGUUAUGCAGCGUUGAAAAGGCACCAAACGAUGAUGCACAGCGCACUAAAGUUUUAUUUCCGUUGUCCUUAUUGCGAGAAUAGAUUCCGUUGGCUGCAUAACGUCCGAACUCACAUAAAAGUCUUCCACGCGACAUCAACUGAGCUUACUUUGCUAGAACCGGUCAAAGAAAGCAUCAAACUUGAACCGCAUCAAGCGUAUGAACCGUGUUAAACGCGUACAUCCGACUGAAUUGCAUAGGAUUAACUGAUUUUUGGACAAGUAUGUCCUGGGUUAUCCACAAACCUGUAAUAUCGUAAUAUCAUUACGAAUACAAAGUAGAAAUAAAUGCAAUAUUAUUUUCAUUAGUUCCUAUAGCUACCAUCUCAGCUACAGGGCAGUCUUGUA